GAUAGGGGUCCACUAUGAAAGGAGGGUUGUGGGAAGGGAUUUUGAAUAUUAUUUUAACGUAAAGCAGAACUUAAAGAUAAUAAAUAGAUUUAAGAGUACCUGAGAAUAAUUAUUAAGCAUAAAGAUAUAGCCAGGGUUAAGGUCAUAAAUAUGUAUACGGACUACUGUCUGUCACAUACAAAACCAUGUGGUAAAUAAUGUAUCGCGAGUAAGUAACUUGAUAAAUGAAUCUAGAGAUAAAAGCCCGAAAUAUAAAGCGUUAAUUACAGCGUCGGUGUUAGUAUAGAGACAGAUUACCAAGAACAACUUUAUUAAGGGUUAGAUUUAAAUAAAACGAGCAUGAAUGUUUACGAAAACCUUUUGGAGCGUAAUGGGGAAAAUUACGAUUCAAACGUUCCUUACGUGAUAUUAACACGUUAGUGUAACGAACAGUAGGGUAGAAAAAAUGAUCGGAGCGAUUACAAUAAGUAUUUAUUUAGUCACCUGCAAUAAUUUACGGGAUGAAUAUAUAGGUGAUACUGAGCAAAUCUUAUUGCUUUUGGUAACUGUAGUUACCAGCUGUCGCCCUUAUUUUAUUAUAAUAAUAGAAGUCACUGAAAAAUAUGAAGCAAGUGAGUGGCUAUGGGACCAACCAUGAAAUAGCGAAAAAAAAUUGGCUUGACAUUUUCUAUAGGAGAGUAACUUUUUUUCGCGAUUUCUUGGUUGGUCACAUAGUAAAAGUUGCUAUAUAUUCACCCCAUAAAUUAUUGCAGGUGACCAAAGGAACAACCUGUAUAUAACAAUUCAAUUGCGAAAACUAGGAAUUCGCAACGAGUGGCGAUAAAUUAAAAUACGACCGAAGGGAGUUAAGGUUAAGCUAAAGGACUCCUUUUUGAACUAAUAUCAAUGAUUAAUUUAAUCAUGCGACUAAUUUUGACAGAGGACGCUACCAAUAAUGCUCUCAAGUAUUAAUUUGGUAACAAACUGUGUGUCGCUUUACUGCGGUAUUAAUCUCAUUUCUCGAGCGAGUAUCAACAUGUCCUAAUUUUCCGCCAGGUACCGCCAGUAAUUUGAUACGCGAACGGUUUGCUAUUAACUUUGAACUUCUGCGGUCAAUAGCUGGCGCUAGAUGAGAAAUUUUGAGUUCACACGAAGCUUUGAUAUGCUGGAAGGGAGGGGAUUAGUAAACAAGGUUUCUGAUUAUAGAAAUGAAUCGCUACUUGCAUAAUAGAUCUAAAGCGCUCGGUUGUUUUGUGCGGAUAUCGCAGCGUUAAACGUAUGCGAUCAACGCAAUGCGUUUGACUCGUUUGCUUUUCGAAAAGUUAAGCUUUCGUUACUGGAUAUACAAUGAAAUUCGCCAAAUAAACCCUGAAAUUUCAGCCAAUAACGGUUCAGAACGAUUGUAAACAAUAAAACUGUCAUUGCCGUAGUUGUGUUUCAGUUUUUAAUUGCAGAUUGGCUCGUAGCUGGGUAAGGAAAGUGGGUCACAUUCACAUCCCGCUAUGACGGCCUGGGUUCCUGUUCCCAUCGCUUCCCGAGUACGGGCAAGUCCAGGCCCCUGUUUCAGCACUCUGACAGUUGUGUCUCACAUUAACAAUUCACCGUACAUUUCCGCUCCAACAACUAAACAUUCAUGCAAUGGAUCGCCAUUACUUACGGACCCAGAUUUUUUUUUAUUCGUAAUAAUAGCUUCUCUGCUACCAGAGCACUUUGCCAACGUCAAGUGUUUCAGAUAUAUAUACCUAACAGUAAGUCGUCGAUAUUCAGUCAUCCGUCGAGACAUUCACGAUGCACUGGACGAUAGCUGGCGCAGCAGUACAUAGCAUAAUGAUGUCCAAAGAAUUGUACAGGACCCAGAGUUGUACAGAAAAUUAUCAGUGUGUGGUUUCAAUUGUCAAGUUGAUAAAAAAGAUGCCAGGGCUUAAUAGGCGGAACGGUGACCAUAGCCAAGACCAGAAUCGUUUAUCGACAAACGCUAAUGGAAAAAUUAAAAUGCAUCGCAAUUGAUACGACGUAACGUCACGGCAUCGUUUUCAUAUAUAUUUGGUUAACGGUUCCAUAAGUUACGAUUGGGAUUUUCUUAAAACGUGACAAUUUACUUGAGGUCAGGUAACAUUGGUUAGGCCAGGAACGCGGAUUGUCCAAGCUAACAAUAAGAAUACACGGCCCGAUUUAACAUCAAUAUGACACAAUAUGGAAUACGGACGUUGUGGUAGGUUUUGUAUGGUAAUCAAGUCUCUGGGGUGAUUUAAGUUUGUAAUAGAAACAGUAUAGGGAUUGUAAUAAAAUAAAUUUUACUCUGAUCUAUUUUUAGUAGAUAGUUAUUUGUUAUCGGUCCUAUGAAAUAGAUUCACCGCUGUACAAGAUACAGUUAUAUGAGGACGACAAUCAUGAAGGACUCAAUCCCCGGGAGCUGAGAAUCUUCACUGAUGGGUCCAAAACAGACAGCGGAUCGGGCUCUGGAACCUUCUCAGAACACCUGAACAUGUCGAUCACCACUCCGCUAGGAGCCCAUAACUCGGUAUUCCAAGCUGAGUGCAUGGGCAUCAUAAACGCGGCGGCUGCCAUCACUGCAAGGAAGGUAGUAGGAUCCUCCAUCCGCAUACUCUCCGACAGUAGAGCAGUCUUAAUGGCUCUAAAUAGCCAUAUAGUUACAUCCAAACUUAUACACGAAUGCCACGAACGACUAAUGGAGGUAUGUCAUAAUAACAAGAUCACCCUACAAUGGAUCAAGGGACACAGUGGAUCCCGAGGUAACGAUGCUGCGGACGAGCUUGCCAGGCAAGGAUCGAAUGCGGGGGCGAUUGGUCCGGAACCGAUUCUCCCGAUACCAUUUAGCAAGGUACGCUCAAUGCUGCUGGCACGUACAGGGAAACUACACACAGAACACUGGCUGAACCAGACUGGAUGCAGACAGGCAAAAGAAGCCAUGCCUGGCAUCAACGGAAAACUCACAAGGGCGCUCCUGCAACUAGGGAAGGUCCGACUGAGUAUGGUAACCAGUGUCAUAACAGGUCAUGGACUAUUUAACAAACAUCUUUUCACAACAGGUGUCACAGACAGUCCCCUGUGCCGAGGUUGCAUGGAGACAGAAGAAACAGCCUCUCACGUGGUGCUGGAAUGCAGCGGAGUGACUCCAUACAGGGCUAAACAUCUCGGAUCUCCGAGAGACCUCCCCGAGGUCCUACUCAACAUCAAAGGUUUGAUAGGAUUCCUCGAGGAGCUGGGCUGGCAGGACUAGCCCACCCCCAACAUAUCACGCAAAAUAGGCGCAAGUCGUCGAGUUGCGGAAAAAUCGCCCGAAUACAAUACAAUACAAUACAAUACAAUACAAGGUGCGACCAGACCGCAGCUUAAAAAACGGUCACGAUACGGAAUCGCAGUGACGCGUCGUAUGCGUACCGUUUUUGACGCAUGCUCCCCACACCGCUGUUUAAAAAACGGUGACGGUACGGAAUCGCAGUGACGUGCUUCACGCGAAUCUUUUUUGUUCGCAAAACAGUUGCGUCUUUUACGUCACCGGUACGGUGUCUGCCAUAAGAUCUCCGUGUAAUAUUUUUUGCGAUUUUUACGCAGUUCAAUUUACGGUGCGUCAGCUUAUUUUAAGCAGCGGUGUGGCGAGCAUGCGUCAUGGACCCGGGUACGACCUUAAACUACGUCCAAAAGAGAGGUAUGGGCAUUGUGAAUGUCAUCUCGCUUUGUGUGGUAGGGCACAGCCAGUGGGUGUCAUUCCAGAUCCAAAUUUUCUUGCGUGAUUCGGCAUUGGUCCCAUAAUAAAAGUUGUUCAGUAUGACCUGUAAAGUCACUGCGCAGAGUAUGGCUGGUGGUUAAAAUUUCAUCUUAUACCUAUAUUCGACACAAGUAGUAAGUACUUACAGACCAACUAUGAUACACAUUUUGCCUGUAU